UUAACCUCCUCGACCUGCAGACAGCGUCUUACAGUAGUAGAGCCUCCUUGACCUGCAGACAGUGUCUUACGUACUGCAGCCUUGGGAAGCAAAGGUGGACAACAUGAAGACAUUUGUGCUGGUUUUCGUUUUCCUGAUCUUGGCUGCAGUUAACACAGAUGCCAAUCCCAUCAUAAAGGAGAGCGUUGCUAAGCAGCUCUUCCGCAGCAAGAGGCAGCAACGGCCCGCCAAGGCCGGCCACCCCGACGAGCCAAUGAGGGAGCACAUGCUGCACAUGCAGGCUCUGGACCAGAGGGCUCAGGAGACAAACCUGGAGCACUGGCUAAACCCCCACUGCUACCCGCGCUGUGACCGCAACUACGGAAGCCCCGUCUAGCGCCGUGCUGGAGAGGACCGCGUCCAGGUGUCGCCCACAACGUGACCCGACGGACGCACGAAGACAACGAUGAGGAAUCAAAGACGAGCGCGCGCUUCUAUGUUGGGCUGUUUCCCUGCAGGCGAUCAAGUGAUUCACUAUAGAGUGAUAUCAUCUAAACAUUAAACGCAUAAGCCUAGACCUUAGGUGUGGGAUCUCUUAAACUGACUAUUUGACUCAUGUAACACAUAGGAAAAUGUGUAUGAAUUUAAUAAAAAAAUAAAUGCAAAUACUAUAUUA